GUAAAAUCUGAAAUCUCAGGAUAAAGAAGAAAUGUGCAAGGUUGCGUUUAACAGGGGCGCUUUCGCGCGUGAAGGACAUCGUUUCCAGGGCCUCAUCGGAAAAUGGAUUUAAGCAAGAUGGCGGCUGUAAUGUGUGCUCUCACUGAUAAGUAGCUGCUUUUGAAUGCUAAAUAUUUAAAAUGAACGGAACAAAAUCGAAACCGAUGAACCGCAGAGCACUUAUUGGAAAACUUAAACACUUUGAUGAUGGGGUACGUUCCCUUUUCGAGCAAGCGACGGAUUCAUGUCAAAAUCUUUAUCAAACAUAUACUGGAGAUGCCCUAGAUCUUCGUGAAAUUCAAACUUAUCCAGAGUGGAAGGUUCAAAUGUGUUUCAGAAAUUUGAGGAAGCAUCACAGAAAGCGAUCUAGACAAAGUAUAAUAUAUAUAUUGCCUGUCGGCCCCUUUCCAAAGGUUUUACGGACGCCAAUUGAGCGUGGAAGUGUCUCCACUUUCGAAUUGAUCAGGAGAUUUGUGAGUUGCUACUUUAUCGGAAUGACCGUCAAAUUUUUGGAAGAGAUUGCAGUCACGAAGGUGAAUUGUAAACAGAGAUUUCAUCCAGUUACUGGGAAACUGCAGUUGUUAGUAACAGAUUUGAUGCACUACUUGAAAACUAGUCUCCCUGCAGAUGGUUACUGCAUCAUUGGUCUUACAUGGGUGGAUCUUUAUCCUGGUGAAGAUUGGAACUUUGUUCUAGGCGAAUCAUCAUGUGAGGAUGGUUGUGCUGUGGUUAGCUUUGGUCAUUUUGAGCCUCAGUCCUACCAGUAUAAACAUUUAAAUGAUACAACAAAUCAGAACAUUGCAGGAGUGCAAUGUGACAAAGCUGAUAGAACUAUUUCCUCAGUCUCUUUUGAGAGGAAUGGUCAUGAUGAUGUAAGCCUUUACCUGGAAGAUUUUGCAGAUAUAGAAAAAGUCAAUAAAAAGAUCAUUUGGAGACUUCUAAGGGUAUCAAGCCAUGAAAUAUGUCAUGUGUUUGGAAUGGCUCACUGUUCAUAUUUUGCUUGUGCCAUGAAUGAGAGUAAAUCAGUCCUCCAAGCAGAAAAUCAACCUUUAUUUCUUUGUCCAGUUUGUUUGCGUAAACUACAAAAAGCUGUUGGCUUUGAUGUUAUGGAAAGGUACACUGGCUUAUGUAUCCUUCUAGAAUAUGUCAUGAAUGAAAUACUUUCUAAAGAUGAUUAUUGCCACACCGAAGACACAUCAUUACAAAAUACUGAAGAAUGCAAAUUUGUAAUGGCAAUCAGUUGGUUGAAAUCAGUGCUUAAGUUUAUCAAGAGGAACAAUGAUAUAAACUCCACUAGCAAUUAGGGCUGUUUGGACCAAAAAAUCGUGUAAUUCAGGUCACUGGAUAUUAAGCCAUUUUUCCAUGACUGCACACUGGAUACAAGAUGAUGGAUGACAAACGAAAUCUGUAGGGCCAAGUUGGCUAUAACCAUCUCAUAUCCAACAAGCGCAAGUAGAAUAAUUGCUUUAUGAAAAAUGCCUCAAAAUAGAGAUAAAUCUUCCUGACUUUAUUUCAUAAACUUUAUUUUCUUAUGUAAUGGUUCAUAAUCCAUGAUGGCUAAGCAAAUGAAAACUCUCAAAUUGUAUUAUCCAUUGAUCCAGUGUUUAAAAGGAGAAUAUUUCCUCCAACCUCACAGGGCUGACUAAACUGAAAAAUAGGCUAUUAUCUUCUCCUUCUUUCUUUCCCAUAGGCCCAUGUUUUACACGAUUUUUCUCUCUAUUUAAGUGAUUCACAUUUUUAUUUAUCAUUAUCACCUUUGCAGGUAGCUGUAAUUCUCUCAUAACUAUUUUCAUGGUUUUCUUCAUUUUUUAAUGAGCCAGAUAUA